AUGGCGCCAAAGAACAAAAGCAAACCCUCGUCCUCGGCCGCCUCCAAGGACACCGGCGACAAGGACAAGGGCAAGGGCAAACUCAAGCCCGCAACCAGCAUCAACGUGCGCCACAUCCUGUGCGAGAAACACAGUAAGAAAGAAGAGGCGCUUGAGAAGAUCAGGGCUGGGGCUCGCUUCGAUGAUGUCGCGCGCGAGUGUAGUGAGGAUAAGGCUCGUCAGGGCGGCUCUCUAGGCUGGAAAGUGCGCGGAAGCCUGAUGCUCGACUUUGAGAAGGUUGCAUACGAACUCGAGCCCUCGACGACUGGGGCGCCGAAGAUCGGAGAGGUCAAGACCAGCGAGGGGUAUCAUAUUAUUAUGGUUGAGGGGCGUAAGUAA